AUGGAGCCACGUUCCCCACCAGCUGAGCAGGGAGCUGAUCUGGGCUCUGGUCCCUGUUCUUCUGUGAUGUUUGAGACCAUAGGAAUCGGACUUCUCUUGCUGGUUACGUGUGGCUCAUGUGAGGAUACGGCAGCUGAUGACAUAGGAGUGCACAUGAUGGGCCGAAUAUCUGAGCUCCUUUCCCCGGAGGAAUGUCAUGAGUUCUACACUCAGAUCACCGGCCCUGAGGAGAACAUAGAGGAGGAGCUGGAGCGACUCUCCGAAGUGAAGAACCCAAUCCUCUCCCGCCACCGGCGAGACAUCGUCAGCACAGAACAGUGCAAAGAUGUCCUGACCCAGUGGCUCGAGGCAGAAGGAGAUGCAGUGUACUGGGAUCGUCUCUCCCGAGCCCUCCGCCAGAUUGGGCGCCCUGACAUCUCCCAGGAGCUGGGCAAGAACGUGAACCAGGACAAGAACCUCGAGCUGAAGAGGAACGUGGAAGAAUAUCACAAGGGGGUGGAACAUCUGACCUCCUCGCUCCUGCUGGAGGAGGAUGAGAAAUAUGGAGAGACGAACGAGCACAGCAGAGCUCGGCGCGCUGGUGGGAAAUCCCGCAGGGAGAGUGGAUUGAUGCAGGCAGGCUGGGGUGACAUCGACCUCAUCAUCGAAAGGAAACCACUCCCUCCGUACAACAGGAGCCUCUUUGAAUGGAUCAAUCCGGUGGCUUCUGGCUUCAUCGGAGGGUUUUUAAUCUCUUUUGUCCUCAUGGCUCUUGCUAUUUACUCCUUCCUCUGGACCCUGAACCGAGAUACCCUGGAGAUUUCUCAUCAUAACCCAGGGCCCUGGCCUGAGCGUACGGCUCACAACCCCUUGUUCAAGUAUGACCUCAACUAUGCCUUGAUUUUAGAUGAAGACUUAGGGGAUAGUUUGGAUGGGGAUGCUUCCGACACCAGCUUUGAAGGGGAGCCGUAA